AUGGAAAUAACCGGAGAUCCUCCGCCGUCAUGGUCACAGCCGACAACGCGCCGGCGUCAGCCACCAUCUCCUAUUUCUUUCACCCCAUCAGUUCUCAUUCUCUUACCCAUCACCGCAUUGCUCGUCUCUCUCUUUGCCGUCCCUCAUUUUCUCUCCACGGCAACUCACAUUUUAAGACCCGUCGGAGAAAAGAAAAACUGGGAUUCGCUCAACGUUGUUCUGGUCUCGUUUGCGAUUCUUUGCGGUGUUUUUGCUAGAAGAAACGACGAUGAAGAUACCAACGACGACAACAUCAACAGAAAUGAUAAUAAUGAUAAUGAAAUUGACAAGCCAAGCCACAUUGUUUCGCAGCAAUGGUUUAAGUAUUCGGAAAGAUUGAUGUCGGCACCGGAUACCGGCGUUACAACUUUAAAGAGAAGCAGCAGAUCGUACCCGAAUCUGAGACAGGAUGUGUGGAAGAAUGAUGAUGAAGAUCGGUUUCGUUUUUAUGAUGAUUUCGAAUUAAACAGGUAUCGAUCUUGGACGAAUUGUAGUGAUCAAGUUCAUGAGCUUCGUAGGACGUGUAGAAGUGACUUUGAAGAAUGUGAAACCAAGAUCAGUCCUGUUGACACUUCCGUGUCUCCGCCGCUUUCGGCGCCGUCUCCACCUCCAGCUUCCCGCCAUAAGCCAAGACGAACUUAUCAAAACGAUGGAGGGGAGAAUGUGAUGGAUAAGAAAGAUCAAGCUGAUCGAUUCAAGCAAAUCAAGUCUUCAAAGCCCGUAAUACCGCCGCUUCCGCCGCCGUUAGUUGAAAUGGGAAAUAUAGCAGAGGUAAAGCAUGCGAAAUUGGAAGGACGAAGAAGUAAUCCAAGCAAAGAAAUAAAGAUGGUUCUUGCUUCGUUAAGAAAGAGAAAGAAGAAGCUUAAGCUAAAGGAUCACAAGCAUCAACAAGAAUGCCCCUUGCAUUCGCCACACGAGCCACCCUCCUAUUAUUCUAUUAUACCUCCUCCACCUCCACCACCACCGCCGUUUCCAUCUUCGGUCUUUCAAAAAUACGAUCUCUUCAGAAAGUGCGGUAAAAGCAAACAAAUUCGUUCAGUUCCAACGUCAACGUUUUCUAUAUCAAUACGAUUAUCGAAACAAAACACUGAGAUCCCACCACCACCAACACCUACACUGCCACAGGUACUUGUUUCUACUAAAAGAUUAUCAAACCAAAAUAAUCAAACCCCACCACCAUCAGCACCGCCACCUGAAUCUUCGAGGAGAAGAGCCCCAACCGACAGUGGCAUGCCGCCAUCGCCGAUAAAUGUAAAUAAUAGUUAUUGUCAAGAGAAAAUGAGCAACGGUGGACAGUUACCGUCAAUUCCGAUGCCGCCGCCGCCUCCGUCACUGCCAUUUAAAAUACCGGAAUUUGAGAAAACUGAUAUCGAUGUUUCAUCAAGCAAAGAUGAUGUGGGAACGGACAGCAUGAUGGACGACCCUGAUGUUAAUGCUAAAGCUGAGACCUUUAUCGCGAGGCUUAAGGAUGGUUGGAAAUUAGAGAAAAUAAACUCCAUGAAAGAUAAGAUAAAUCAUAUAACAAGUUCUGAGAUCCAGCAAUUACUGUUGAUGAACAAAUGA